UAACAUCUGAUUUUUGAAGCCACUGCCGCUGGUCUGUAUCUCUUAUUCUCAUCCAACGCCGCCCAAAAUCGCUAUCGCCGCCGCCUAGAAUCGCUAUCGCCGGUUCAUCAGGCACGCUAUUGACGUAUAUACUUCACAUGUUCCGUUUCUCAAUAGAGAAUAGUUUAUAUCUUUAAAGAUAUGCCGUCGCUAGCUUCAACGCAAUUCCUUUUCUUCAUCGGUGAUUCAUUUGCAUUAAGCAAAUUACGACAGGUUUGUACUAGAUCUCCAAUACACACCACUCUACGUUUCUUGAGACAUGAUACCCAUGAGGCCCAUGACAAAAAACUGCCACUCACUCUCGCAAGCCUAGGGUUCAGAAACGAACUCGAACUCGACACAACUAUAGACAUUGAUAAACAAAACGACGCUGCCAAAGCUCUCAGAAUCAAAGAGAAAGUCUCGAGGACUAUUAGAAUGGAGAAGGCCUUAAAAAAAAGUUCACUUGAUAUAGAAGGAGCCCCAUUCGCUGCGAAAUCGUUUUCAGACCUCGGUCUUCCACCUUGGUUGUUGGAGAGACUCGAUAAGGAAGGGUUUAAGAUUCCAACCGAUGUUCAAUCGACUGCAGUUCCGGUUAUUCGUAAUAAUCACGAUGCUGUGAUUCAAUCUUACACGGGCUCUGGUAAGACAUUGGCCUAUCUCCUCCCCAUUUUAUCCGAACUGGUUUCAUCGAAAAAAAGUGACAAACGUGAGAUUGAAGCGGUUGUCGUGGCUCCUUCACGAGAGCUGGGAAUUCAGAUAUUUAGAGAAGUCGAGAAGUUGUUAGGACCGGUGGAUAAAAGACUUGUUCAGCAGCUUGUCGGAGGAGCUAAUCGAUCACGACAGGAAGAGGCUUUAAAGAAGAAUAAACCGAUUAUCGUCGUUGGAACUCCAGGUCGAAUCGCGGAGAUUAGCACUGCUGGAAAACUUCACACUCACAACUGCCGUUACCUAGUUCUAGAUGAAGUCGAUGAGCUUCUCUCGUUUAAUUUCCACGAGGCCAUGCAUCGAAUAUUGGAACACGUCGGUCGGAGAGCUGGCGCAGUUGCCCGGGUAACGAGCACGGCCAGCCCCGACCGUAGGAUUAUCAUGGUGUCUGCAACUGUUCCUUUCUCCGUGAUUAGGGCAGCCGUAAGCUGGGGAAAAGAUCCGUUACUCGUUCAAGCGAAAACCGUUACCCCGCUCAAAGAUUCCCGUCCUUCAAUCUCAGUUAAUUCGUCUGUUUCGGGCAGCCCUCCUUCACCUUCACCACCAGAAUCGACUCUACCGCCCGGUUUAAAACAUUACUACUCCGUUUCACGUAUACAACACAAAGUCGACACGUUGAGGCGGUGCAUAAACGCGCUCAACGCGAAAUCAGUGAUCGUGUUUAUGAACCAUUCGAGGCAGUUGAAGGACGCCGUGUACAAGCUUGAGGCUCGCGGGAUUGAUUCCGCGGAGCUUCACGGGGAUCUUAAUAAGCUGGCGAGAUCAACUACUCUUAAGAGGUUUAAGAACGGUGAUAUUAGAGUUUUGGUGACGAACGAGCUCUCAGCUAGGGGUCUGGAUGUGUCGGAAUGUGACUUGGUGGUUAAUCUCGACUUGCCUACUGAUUCGACUCAUUAUGCGCAUAGGGCCGGUAGGACGGGUAGGCUUGGAAGGAAAGGCGUUGUGGUAACUGUGUGUGAGGAUCGGGAGGUGUUUGUUGUGAAGAAACUGGAGAAGCAGUUGGGGAUCCCGAUUGAAAGUUGCGAGUUUAACGAUGGGAGGCUUGUUGUCGAGGAAUCGAAAUGAGAAUGGUACACAUUUAUAUUGAUGUUUGUUUUUGAAGUAUUUAGAAAACGUUAUUUUAUAUAUAGGAGCAUUACAUAAGGUUUUGUCUAUUGAACAUGUUUUGCCUGGGUUUCAAAUACAAAACAAUUAUUAGAUUCAUUUGUUGUGCUUUCUGUG